CAUGUGAUCCUUCCCAGCAUGCCCUGGGCGGGAGGGGGCCUUUCGGCCACCGUGGCGUUGGUUGCCAUGGUGCCGUAACGGGUCUGCGGAAUGUCGCUGGCCGCGCUGCCGCUAUCUCCCGCGCGGGUGUUCGCGGAGCUUUUAGCCCCGCCGCUCGGGCGCCGCGGGCGGGAGAGCGAGCCGGUGCCGGGGCUCCCCGGCGGUCGCAGCACCCCAGUGCCGCCAGGGCGGGAGGUUCAUGUGAGCGGCAGCGCAGAGCUGCGUGCGGCCCCGGACCGGGCGCGGGUCUCCAUCCGGCUGGGGAGCAGGAAGGGGGAGGCCGGGGAGGCGCGGAGCAGCGUGGGCCGGCGGCUGGAGUACAUCGCGCAGAGCGCUCGGCAGCGCGGGGUGCAGGAAGAAAAUGUGACUGUGACAAAGGAUUUUAGUAGAGUAGAAAAUGCUUAUCAAAUGGAAGCAGAGGUCUGCAUUACAUUUAGUGAUUUUGGAAAAAUGCAGAACAUUUGCAACUUACUCGUUGAGAAACUGGGUAGUUCUGUUAUCAUCAGUCCACCACACUUCUACCAUACAGCAGAGGCUAUAGACACCCUUCGGCGUCAAGUAUGUCUUGCUGCUGUUGGGAACACACGUCAAAAAGCUCAAGAGGUCUGUCGACUGUUUGGCCAGUCACUGGGAAAACCGCUGCUAAUCAGAGAAGAGGAAAUGAAAGAGUGGGAAGGCCAAAUAGACAGUCACCCAUCCAACUCCUCAGACACACUCACUGUGCAGCAGAGAAUCCAAAGUGCCACUAUUUAUGCUUCUUCAAAAGUAUUUGCUAUUUUUGAGAUAAAGGGAAGAGAAAAGAGGAAAAACAAGCUUAUCUAGACGCAUGUUAAAGGAUUUUUCUUAUUUGUCUCUGACAAAUCGUGGAAUAAAUGUAUGUACUUUAAAGUACAAAUUUAUUCAGUUUUUCAGACCUGCAUCUUCCUCUAUAAAUGAUCAGGAAAAACUAGUUAUAACAUUAGUUGUCCGACCCUUCCCCCUCAAAAAAAUAAGACCAGAUUGUUCUCAGAACUACCUGGAGACACACAAAUAGUUUUAUCAUGGUUCUUCAAACAAAUUGAAGGUGGACACCCCAAGCUACACUGAAAUCAUUGGCAGUUUCCAUGAGAGGAGAGGAAGGCUCAAAGGCUUUAUAUAUACUUCAUGCCAUCACUAGUAGUCCUCCCCUUUCUACACCCUUAUUUACAGUGGGUAGAGUUGGGUAGGACACCAGUGCCUCCAGCACAUUUAUUUUCUCUCUUACACAUGGAGAAAGACGGAUUAAAUACCACGUUCCUUAGAUACUAAUUUGUGUCCUAAGAGUUGGUCUAAACAUACUAAGCAAAGAUAAGUAGCUCAGUGUACACUCCUUCAAAAAAGUAGAUAUUCACAUUACAGAUUUACUUACUGCAAAUAUCCACAAGAACUUGUUAACAUUUAGUCCCAGUUGGCCUCCAUCUAGAUCAGUGCCCUUCAACUAGUGUGAAUAUAUUACUUUUGAAGAAACACUGCAUGCUAGACUAUUUAGCUUGCACAAAAAGCUAAAAUAUUUGAUGUGCAGAAUGUUUGGUGCUGCUAGUUGCAAUGCAGCUAUAUUUAAAGCUUUCAUCCCAAGCUAGCGAGAACUAAAUUAUUCAUUGUCCUCAAUAUAUUCUGAUUAUAUAUAUAGACAGAGAGAAAAUGUUUUACUUUAGUAACCUCAACAUAAUGCAUCACUGAAUAUGUAAUGGAACUGAAAUAAGCCAUUAACAUACAUAUCAAAAUAAGCCAUUAACAUAUGUUUCAUAUAGAGUUCAAUUUUAUUUCUUUAAUGAAAUAAUUUACAAAUCAGUGUUACCCUGCUUUCCAUUUGUCCCAGUUUAAAAAAGGAAUGCACUGUGCAGUUGUAUAUCACAUGCACAAUUUACAUAUAAUGUUAAAUACUUCAGUCAUGAGGGUAGAUUUUUCUCAACCAGGCUUGCAUAAUGUAUUUAGAUCCAUCGUAUCUACUGAAGUAAGCUGUCAGAUCAGGAUUGUGUAUCUGCAGAAAGAAUUUUACAAAUUGAUUGGUAACACCAACAUUACUGAAAAAGGCUUGGUGGUUUAACUGGACUGUAGCUAUUAAGAUUAAUUUAAAAAAAACCUCUUGAAUAGCUGUUAGUAAUUGUUUCUGUGGCACAAACUCGUGAAGUUAAAACUGAGAAAAGCAUGUACAAGUACACUGUAUAUAUUUUAGUUUUUCAAGAGGUCAAAGCACUUUGACAAAUAAGCCUCACUUCGGUCAGGUAGUUAGAGAUAAGAAGACUAAGUGAUUUGUCCAAAUUGGACUAAGUCAGUGAAAUCCAGAAAUAAAGCCCAUCUUUUGCAACAUCCUAUUCACAACAGACACCAAAUUGAUAUUUUAGAAAAUCCCAAGGUCAAACAACUGGACCCUAGAAAGAUGACAGUAGGCAGCACCUAAAUAAGAUUAUUAGCAUUCUAUACCGACUUAAGAUAUGUAUACAAAAAGUAUAGCAAAAUCAUUCCAUUUGCACCUGUACAAUUUAUGUAACAUUUGCAUAUCUGCUUUUCCUAUGACCUUUCUCUACCAUUGCAGAAUGUUUACCUAUUUAGUCUAUACUGAGUAGGUCAAAAACCUUUUUGAUUACAAAAGGGUAAUAAACAAUUUAAAAUUAAAAAGGACUUCACUCUUACAAACAAAGAUACUACCUCUAAUCCUGUAAUAAUUGUUAUCUCCUCCUCAGGAAUGUAAACUGUAGUCUUGCCAAAGCUGUUGGCUUGGUUAAUAAGAAUUCGGUAGUGAGGAGUAUCUCUUAGACCCUGUAAAAGAACAAAUAAAAAUAAGCCACAAGAAAGUAUUCACAUGAACAUGUUACACUUCAGGAAUAUUUCCCUUAGACACAGACAAAGUCCUAUCCCCCUAACAUCUUAAAUCAAAAUUUAAGAAAAAAUAAAGAGAGUCUUAUAACAAGUUAGCCUUCUGGAAAUACUCGACCUUUUACACAGGCAAACUGCUUUUAUUUUGUGGCAAGUUUCAUCACCAUUAACUUCUGUUUAUAUAUAGAAUAUAUAUAUGUAUAUAUAUGUAUAAUGUUAUAAUGUAUAACAUUUAUAUAGUUAUACAUUUCUUAUUAAAAACUAUAUGAUAAAAAACCCUCCUUGGCAUAGCUGAAGCACUUCUGAAAAGUCAAGAUCACAAAGGACAAGAUCCUCAGACUUUGAUUAGUCCCGUCUGCGCCACCUCAAUUGGAGAAAAGGGGACUUAGAACUUCUAGGGAAAGAGAAAUUUCUUACCUGACAAUUUUCUGUUACCAGCUUCUCUCCAAAUUCAUUACUAAUGGGCUACUGCCCCCCACCUAUGCAAUUCGGAGACAGUCCAGUGCGGUUGUUGGAAGCUUCAGGAUUAAGCUCCGUCCUUCAGCUUGGGCCACCAAAAGAGUUCUACAGUUGUAGCAACGCUCCAGCAAACCAUUAUUAGCAUUAAGACAACUUGAGAUAAUGUAUUAAAUUAACCUUAAGACAAGUCUCACUUUAGAGAAAAUUUUCAAUUUAUAUUCUGGUCAUUUACCAGACUGUUAGGGUGGAUUGAAUUUUAACAGAAAAAUUAUCUGGUAAGAAAUUUCUCAUUCUGUUGCACAGCUUUUCUCCUCAUUUAUUACUAAUAAGACGCAGAGAACAGUGAAUCACAGAAGUUGGGGGAUGAAGGAAAGGAUAACCAGAGUUAAUUAUAGUAGAACAACAGGCAGGAAUGAAAAUCCCUAUCCCUCCCCCCAUGUAGUGUUUUAUAAACUAAGGAGUUAUGUGGGAACCAGCCCAGUAUCACGUAGCCAUGUUCCUAGAGUGCUUGGUUGUAAGGUUCCAAAUAAAUGUCCUGGAAAAACUUUUGUCUAGCUGAGACCACUGGCACUUUGUGAUUAUUAUAUUUGUAUUACAAUAGCAUCUAGAGAUCCUGGCCCCAUUGUGCUGGGCACUGCACAAACAGAGACAGUCCUUGCCCCAAAAGAGCUUUCUCAGAGAUAUGUUCUAGGAAUUAUUUUGGGGAAGUUCUGUGGUCUGUGUUAUACAGGACAUCAGAUAUGAGAUGAUCACAGUGGUCCUUUCUGGCCUUGGAAUCUGUGAAUCUAUGUUUCCCCUUGCAUCAGAAACAUACAUUUGACCAGAUCAAUGAAUGAAAUAUCCUGUUUGAGUUCUAUAUGGCUACCAAAUUGUAGCAGAGGUUAAUGGAGAAUCCAUGAUGAAAACUUCUAUUUUGGUGCCCAGGCUGUUAACUGUAGGUGUUCCUGGUCUAAGUCCUUGCUUCAAGCGAUCUAGUGUUUUCUGCAGAUACAAUGUGGGAUUCUUAGAUAUCUAGCAAGCCAAAAUGCCUUCUGGGCUAAUGAAGGACUAGGAAGAGGACUUCAACUCUUCCUUUCCCUUCUUUCUAUACCCUUUAUAUGGACCAUCUUGAAAGGUAGCAGAUUAUUUUCUGUCCAUUGACACAGAGAAACUUUGACCUCUGGUUACUCCUUGGUUUUGGAAAGGUUAUAAACUCAUGCCUCAGUCAAAAGCCAACCUCUAAUGGCAGGUAAAAGGAGACUUCCUCUGUGAGUCCUGUAAUUGAGGGGUUUCUUUCACCUUCUGCUGAUACAGUUGAUACUGGCCACUGUCAGACAGGACACUGGAUUUGAUGGAGCACUGGUUCAGUCCUAUAUAGCCAUGUUUGUGGGGUGCUUUUUAAAAAAGAACAACAAAAAACACACACAUCCUGAUAGAGAUGUCAAAACCAACUAAAAGAGAUUUGGAAGUUUGUCUUCCAAGUAUGAAAAUGUCAACUGAAAAUUGGUUUUUCAACAUGGUUGUACCUACCCACAAAGGGACAUUUGGGUGUGAUCUGAGAAUGACACCUAAUUACACAAUGCCAUCCACAGCCUCAGAAACAACUCUGACUUCAUAAUCAAAAAGGCUGACAAAGGAGGUGCUGUCAUCAUCAUGAAUAGAUCGGAAUAUGAACAAGAGCCUGCUAGGCAUCUCUCCAACACCACUUUCUACAAGCCAUUACCCUCUGAUCCCACUGAGGGUUACCAAAAGAAACUACAGCAUUUGCUCAAGAAACUCCCUGAAAAAGCACAAGAACAAAUCUGCACAGACACACCCCUGGAACCCCGACCUGAGGUAUUCUAUCUGCUACCCAAGAUCCAUAAACCUGGAAAUCCUGGAUGCCCCAUCAUCUCAGGUAUUGGCACCCUGACAGCAGGAUUGUCUGGCUAUGUAGACUCCCUCUUCAGGCCCUACGCUACCAGCACUCCCAGCUAUCUUGAGACACCACUGACUUCCUGAGGAAACUUCAAUCCAUCGGUGAUCUUCCUGAUAACACCAUCCUGGCUACUAUGGAUGUAGAAGCCCUCUACACAAACAUUCCACACAAAGAUGGACUACAAGCCGUCAAGAACACUAUCCCCGAUAAUGUCACGGCUAACCUGGUGGCUGAACUUUGUGACUUUGUCCUUACCCAUAACUAUUUUACAUUUGGGGACAAUGUAUACCUUCAGAUCAGCGGCACUGCUAUGGGUACCCGCAUGGCCCCACAGUAUGCCAACAUUUUUAUGGCUGACUUAGAACAACGCUUCCUCAGCUCUCAUCCCCUAAUGCCCCUACUCUACUUGCGCUACAUGGAUGACAUCUUCAUCAUCUGGACCCAUGGAAAAGAAGCCCUUGAGGAAUUCCACCAUGAUUUCAACAAUUUCCAUCCCACCAUCAACCUCAGCCUGGACCAGUCCACACAAGAGAUCCACUUCCUGGACACUAUGGUGCUAAUAAGCGAUGGUCACAUAAACACCACCCUAUACCGGAAACCUACUGACCGCUAUACUUACCAACAUGCCUCCAGCUUUCAUCCAGACCACACCACACAAUCCGUUGUCUACAGCCAAGCUCUACGAUACAACCGCAUUUGCUCCAACCCCUCAGACAGAGACAAACACCUACAAGAUCUCUAUCAAGCAUUCUUACAACUACAAUACCCACCUGCUGAAGUGAAGAAACAGUUUGACGGAGCCAGAAGAGUACCCAGAAGUCAUCUACUACAGGACAGGCCCAACAAAGAAAAUAACAGAACGCCACUAGCCAUCACCUUCAGCCCCCAACUAAAACCUCUCCAAUGCAUCAUCAAGGAUCUACAACCUAUCCUGAAGGACGACCCAUCACUCUCACAGAUCUUGGGAGACAGGCCAGUCCUUGCUUACAGACAGCCCCCCAACCUAAAGCAAAUACUUACCAGCAACCACACACCACACAACAGAACCACUAACCCAGGAACCUCUCCUUGCAACAAAGCCCGUUGCCAAAUGUGUCCACAUAUCUAUUCAGGGGACACCAUCAUAGGGCCUAAUCACAUCAGCCACACUAUCAGAGGCUCGUUCACCUGCACAUCCACCAAUGUGAUAUAUGCCAUCAUGUGCCAGCAGUGCCCCUCUGCCAUGUACAUUGGUCAAACUGGACAGUCUCUACGUAAAAGAAUAAAUGGAGACAAAUCAGAUGUCAAGAAUUAUAACAUUCAAAAACCAGUUGGAGAACACUUCAAUCUCUCUGGUCACUCAAUUACAGACCUAAAAGUUGCAAUUCUUCAACAAAAAACCUUCAAAAACAGACUCCAACGAGAGACUGCUGAAUUGGAAUUAAUUUGCAAAAGGUCCCCCCCCCCACUCUCCUGUUGGUAAUAGCUCACCUUAAGUGAUCACUUUCGUUACAGUGUGUAUGGUAACACCCAUUGUUUCAUGUUCUCUGUGUAUAUAAAUCUCCCCACUGUAUUUUCCACUGAAUGCAUCCGAUGAAGUUAGCUGUAGCUCACGAAAGCUUAUGCUCAAAUAAAUUGGUUAGUCUCUAA